AUGAUAAGGGGAUUCAAUCCAUGUGGACAUCUCUGAUCAGAGAUAGAACUGAAAAGGGUUGACCACGCUUGUGAAUUUCAAACGAACAAGUUAAACAAUGUUUGGCAUUGUCAGCAAUAUUGAUAUGCUACAUAUAUAGAACCAGUUAAACUGCUUGUGAAUUAGCUCAGUUAAACUGCUUUUGAAUUAGCUAUCUCUUUGAAAAUGGCUGUGUUCAUUAAUAAUUUGCUGGUGAUCAUUGUUGCAAUGAGGAUGAGCUUCUGCCAAGCUGAUCAGGUUUUAAGUUCACAGAACCUGACUUGCAACACAAAUGAUAUGAAGGCAUUACAGGAUUUCAUGACAGAUUUGGAUACAGAGGUAGAUGUUUGGAGCACCAAUUUCUCUUCUGACUGCUGUAAAUGGACAGGCAUAACAUGCACUUCUUCAUCAUCUUUGGCAUUGGAGAAUCCCAUUGACACUGGUAGAGUAGUAAAGUUGGAGCUUCCCAACAAGAGACUGGUUGGAAAACUCUCUGAGUCAUUAGGAACUCUAGAUCAGCUUACAAUCCUCAAUCUCUCUCAAAACAUCCUUCAAGGUAUGCUUCCACUUUCACUAUUCAAUUUGCAGAACUUACAGGUGUUAGACUUGAGCUCUAAUUAUUUCUCUGGCCCUGUUCCUGCCUCUAUCCAUUUGCCUGAAAUCCAAAUUCUUAACCUUUCCCAAAAUUCCUUAAAAGGGUACCUUCCAGCUGGUAUCUGUGAUAAUUCUUCUGUACUCCAGGUAUUGAAUCUCGCAGAAAACUACUUCUUUGGUACUAUUCCUAUGGAACUUGGAAAUUGCAGUUCCUUACAGCAACUAUCUCUCAACAUGAAUGAUCUCUCAGGUGGUAUAACCGAAGGUAUAUUUCGGCUGCGAAACUUGACUUCGUUAAACCUUCAAGUUAACAAGUUAUCAGGACCAUUGAGCACAGGAAUUGGCAACCUCUCUAACCUUGUUCGUUUGGAUAUCUCCGCUAAUAGGUUUACAGGAACUAUCCCAGAUUUCUUUCACAAAUUUGUAAAGCUCAAGUUCUUUGUAGCUCAUUCAAAUAGUUUCACCGGUUUUAUACCUUCCACUUUGUCAAAUUCCCCUACUAUCACUUUGUUAAACAUGAGAAACAAUUCUUUGGAGGGUCCUAUUCAUCUUAAUUGCUCUGCAAUGUGCAGUUUGGCCUCUCUUGAUUUAGGUUCCAAUAGGUUUAUGGGACCUAUUCCCAAUAAUCUUCCUUCUUGCAGACGUCUGAAUAAUUUAAAUAUUGCUAGGAACAAAAUGGGAAGCCUAGUACCAGAAAGCUUCAAGGACUUUCAUAGUCUCUCUUACCUCUCUCUAUCAAAUACGAGCAUCUAUAAUCUUUCUUCUGCCUUAAAAACCUUGCAGCACUGUCAGAACCUUACCACUUUGGUAAUCUCCGAAAACAUCCUUAAUGAAGAGUUGCCUGCAGAUCCAACACUGCAUUUUCACAAGCUCAAGAUUCUGGUUAUUGCAAAUUGUAGACUAACAGGUUCAAUACCUCAAUGGUUGAGUCAUAGCAGCCAGUUGCAGCUGUUGGAUUUGUCAUGGAACCACUUGAGUGGGAAAAUUCCUUUCUGGUUUGGCAAUUUUGGUUUACUUUUUUACAUGGACUUGUCAAACAACGUGUUGACAGAAGAGAUACCAAAAAGCAUAACUGCGUUAAGGUGCUUCAUUGAUAGAGAUAUCUCUUUAGAGGAGCCUUCCCCAGAUUUUCCACUUUUCAAGAAGAAAUUCAACGCAAAAGGAUUGCAGUAUAAUAAACUUCAGAGUUUUCCACCCACCUUGGAUCUAAGUUACAACAAUCUUAGUGGACAUAUUUGGCCUGAAUUUGGGAAUCUGAGAAAACUCCAUGUUUUGGAACUACAGUUCAACAAUAUAUCAGGAUCAAUCCCGAGUAGUUUUUCAGGAAUGAGCAGCAUAGAGACUUUAGAUAUGUCCCAUAAUAGGCUUGCAGGGACAAUACCAGCUUCAUUGGUAAAGCUUAGCUUUCUAUCUAACUUUAAUGUUUCGGACAAUCAAUUAUAUGGGGAGAUCCCUACAGCAGGCCAGUUUUCAACCUUCCCACAUUCAAGCUUCCAAGGAAAUAAUCUAUGUAGUGAUCAAGCUUCCCGUUGUCCAUUGAAUGAUGAACCUCCUAGUGAAAGACCCAACCAAUCAAGCGGAUCAAACAGUAUCAUCAACAGUGGCUUUUUCAUUGCAAUGGCUAUUGGCUUUGUAUUUGGUUUUAGUAGCAGCAUUAUUUGCUGCAACAUUAAGAAAUUGAAGUCUCUGUUCAAAUUUUCUUUGUAAAACGACCAUGAGUAGUUCAAAAUAAAUAUUACUCAGGUGGUAGUCAAUCGAAAGGAGAUCAGAAAAUCAUAUGAUCUUUGUAGUAUUUUGUAUAUUAUAGUUUCAGUCAAUAUCAUAGAAAUUCAGUUAAAUAUUUUGUUGAUCCACCUUUUUAUUGAUAACAUAACACUUUUUAGGUUCUUGAGCCUCAUGUCAAAAUUGGAGGUCUAUUUAGUACAUAUCUGAAUUUGAACUCACUCACUUUUUUCUUCUUUAAACCUCAAUCAAUAAAAUUAAUUUAGUGCAA